AUGGGCAGAUUCAGUCUCCCAGAAGCAGGACUACCAGACGUCCAGCUGUCACCCGAACGACGGGCGGCUUUAAUCGCCGAGGUGGACGCGGUGAUCCAGCACACAUUAGAGCUCCGUGGAGCGUUCGCAGCCGGCGGACGUCAACUUGACAAAGAGGCGUGGAAGCUGGUCAAAACCAAAGACGACGUCCGCGCCUACCGGUCGCGUCGCGCGUUGCACGGCGGCGUGACGCACCAUGACCGGUCGGACGUGUUGGCAUCGUCGUCGUCCUCAGACUCGGCUACGCAUCGGUCAACCAUGGACAAACUCACGGGCACCGCGUCGUCUGCUUCAUCAGGUGACAGUGAUCGGCUCCGGCUUAAAAAGACGUCGCGACCGCCGGCCGUCGUGCUGUCCGGCAUCAUUACCGGCACAGCCGAAGACGCCGCUUUAGGCAUGCUAGCCGACACCGAGGCACACGCUAUGAUGCGCAACUCGUACUUGGGAACGGAGCUAGAGGACUCGCGUCUGCUUGCGGUUCUCGUACACCCGGACGCGGAGCACCCGCUCAACUUUAUCGGGUUGAAGUGGGGGCUCCAGUCGUACGGCCGGUUCAGCCAGGCCCGUGAUUUCCUGUUUCUCGAGGCGUCAGGUCUCAUGAAAGACACGAAGGGCAAGCUGGUCGCCUACGGUGUGCGUCAAUCUGUAGAUAUUUCGGACGUGUUGAAGCUUCCACGCCCGUCCGAUUGCAUCCGUGGUCAAAUGUCCGGGUGCCAGACGUUCGCGAACACAGGCCUACCACCUGCAGACCCCCGUCACCGGUCCGUCGAGAUGUUCUCUCGUGCGUUCCUGGAGCUAGAUGGAGACGUGCCGGUCAAUGUAGCAGCCACGGCAUACGCCGAAAACCUUAUGGCUCUCGUGAAUUCCAUCGAGUGCGCCAACGCCUACAAACUCACGUGGUUGAUGAAAAAAUCUGCUCGCACGACGCACGGCCGUCUCGGAUCGGCCGGUCACUGCGCCAACUGUACGCGCAGUCUCAACAGGCUCGGAAACCUACUACUUCAACGCGGUGGCACGUGCCACGUCUGCCGACGCGUUUUGUGCGGUAAAUGCGUAGUGAACAAGAAGAUCUCGGUCGGUAUCGGCGCCGAUGUCAUGCAAAAGUCCAUGCUCUUCUGUCUCGAGUGUCUGCUUGAAGCCAAACAGACCCCUGCUCAUCAGGUUGCCGUGGACAUGUUGAAUUGGUAG